GAGUACGUAUGCCAUGCCACUUAACCAGAUUGUCCCACCAAACCCUACGUGGACACGACUUGCCACACUCAAACUCUCUGGGUUCUCCUGUGAACGGUAAGAAUUGAUGAAGUUUCUUCUGUGCCACCAAGCGCCCCUUAGAAGACUAUACCUAAGGAACGUGUCUCUAAAGAACAUUUCAUGGGUCCCUCUACUUGCCCAGAUUCGAAAAGAGCUAUACCUGACAGGCCCAUGUAUUUGUGGAACACUUAUGGGUCGUUCUGAGAAGGAUGACAGGCUGUUCUACUAUUGCAAGAAGCGUAGACAUUCUAAGAUGAAUAGGUACAUUGAGCGGGGCGGGAAAGCCUAUCCUGACAUGACGGUCUGCCCGCUCAAGGAGAGGAAUGAGACCAAAUGAUGAAACGGAGUGUGAUGAUUGUGGCAGGAUGUGCGGACUGUACUGCUGCACUGUCC